CACUGUCUUCUCCGAAGCCCUAAAAUUUCUUCAGGUUUUUCCGCCAGAUUUCGCUCUGUGAUUAACACCAGCGAUCAUACCAAGAGAAGUCGAAGAGAAAUAGAAGGUUAAAAAUGCCGGAUUACAGGGGAAGAUACGACGGUAAUGGCGAAGGGCUCAACGAUUACAGUUCGUCACCCCAACAGAAGACUAGCAGUCACGGCGGUGCGGACGAUUAUAGUGACUCGAAGUCUCGGCAUGGUUCACGUGAUUAUGAGAGAGAGUCUUCAAGAAGUAGGGACAAGGAAAGAGAAAAAGGGAGGGAUAAGGACAGGGAAAGGGACACAGAAAAGGACAGGGACAGGGAAAGGGAUCGAGACAGAGACCGUGAUCGUCAGCACAGAGACCACUUUAGGGAACGGAGUGACAGAAGGGACCGUGGUCGAGAUAGAGAUGACGAUGAUGAUCAUCACCGAAUCCGAGACUAUGAGAGGCGUAGAGACUACGAUCGAGAUCGAGAAGGCCGGAAUCAGCAUAGAUCUGAAUCUCGCUCAAGGGGUAGAUCUCAUCAUAGAUCAAGAUCUGGUUCUCCAUCUCGAUCCCGGUCAAGAUCAAAGAGCAAACGGAUUAGUGGUUUUGACAUGGCACCUCCAACAACUGCAUUGAUGCCUGGAGCUGCUGCCGCCGCCGCUGCCGCCGCCGCUGCUGCAGGUCAAUUGACUGGGGCCACUCCAACCAUUCCUGGAAUGUUUCCGAACAUGUUACAGUUUCCUGGACAGCUGGCAACCCCACUUUUUAUGCAUCCUCAGGCAAUGACUCAGCAGGCAACGAGACAUGCUCGGCGGGUUUAUGUUGGUGGCCUUCCUCCUUCUGCAAAUGAACAGUCAGUGGCAACUUUCUUCAGCCAGGUUAUGGCUGCAAUUGGAGGAAACUCUGCCGGACCAGGAGAUGCUGUUGUUAAUGUAUACAUCAACCAUGAGAAGAAGUUUGCAUUUGUUGAGAUGAGGUCUGUUGAGGAGGCUAGUAAUGCAAUGGCCUUGGAUGGUAUUAUUUUUGAGGGCGCCCCAGUGAAGGUGAGGAGGCCAAGUGAUUACAACCCUUCUCUUGCUGCAGCACUUGGGCCAAGUCAACCCAAUCCCAAUCUCAACCUAGCUGCCGUUGGAUUAACACCAGGUUCUGCUGGUGGACUCGAGGGUCCUGAUCGCAUCUUUGUGGGUGGUCUUCCAUACUAUUUCACGGAAGCACAGAUACGGGAACUUCUUGAAUCAUUUGGACCUCUUCGAGGUUUUGAUCUUGUCAAGGACAGGGAAACAGGGAACUCAAAAGGCUAUGCUUUUUGUGUGUAUCAAGAUCUGUCAGUGACUGACAUUGCUUGCGCAGCUCUCAAUGGAAUAAAGAUGGGUGAUAAAACUCUAACUGUUAGACGCGCAAACCAGGGGGCUUCGCAGCCCAAACCUGAGCAGGAGAGUAUACUAUUGCAGGCGCAGCAACAGGUAGCAUUGCAGAGACUUGUUUUUCAAGGUGGUGCACUACCUACCAAGGUUAUAAGCUUAACAGAGGUAGUUAGUCCAGAUGAACUGAAGGAUGAUGAGGAAUAUGAAGACAUAAUGGAGGACAUGAGAACAGAAGGAGGAAAAUAUGGGAAUCUGGUGAAUGUAGUCAUUCCACGUCCAGGACCAAAUGGCGAGUUAUCUCCAGGUGUUGGGAAGGUGUUCUUGGAGUAUACUGAUACAGAUGGAGCCACAAAAGCCAGGCAAGGGUUGAAUGGAAGGAGAUUUGGCGGGAAUUUAGUCACCGCCAACUUUUAUGCAGAGGACAAGUUCUCCCAGGGAGACUAUGAUGGAUAGUUAUUGCUCACUCAACAUUCUCUCAAGAAUUUGCAACUCACUUUCCCUCAAAUUUUCUUGCUGUAACAUAAGAACUAAAUACAUAAUUUUCUUUUUCCUGUUUGGAUAGAUCAGCAUAUUAUUUCAACUAGUAAAUUGGUGGUUGAAUUCUGUUAGCUA